ACGUACAAAUACACACACGCGAACACAAUCGUGCAAAAGAAGCGUCGCGCUUUCUUUGGAAACAAUGUAAAUUAUGUCAGUGGGAUAACAUCCCCAGAAUUUGACAGAUCAUGCAUCGGGAAGAAAUAGAAAUAUAGGAAUAAAGGUCAUUGAAAGCAGCAGUUCCCCUGAGACGUGGAUCAGGUGAUAAGUGGCCACUUAAGGACUGGCGUUCUCACUUCAGGGGUUUCCUUCCCACGGUAUCAAGGGCUGACGAGCCUCCACGCAACAACAUCGGAGCCAAGUUCCCACGCGUGGCGGAGAUCCUGCUGUACCUCCAGCAUCAGGCUACUCCUCCGUGCUGAAAAAAAAAAAGAAAAAACGAUGGUGACACGCACCAAUGAAUGAGUGAGCGCUCACACAGUCUUCAUCACACUGAAGGAGAAGGACGUGACUGAGCCGGAUUCUCAGGCUGUGACAGUGCAGCCAUGACCGACACGGUGAUGAGCGGCAGCUCAGAUCGCUGGGGGUCCAACGACAGACAGAGAACCAUGGCUGCCAGCGAUAAAGAGCAGGGGAACUGGACUUCGCAGCCGGAAGCCAGCUCUGGACAAGACCUCACAGAUGAGGAGAAGGAGAUUAUCAACAGGGUGAUUGCCAGAGCUGAGAAAAUGGAGGCCAUGGAGCAGGAGAGGAUUGGGCGGCUGAUAAACCGCCUGGACGACAUGAAGAAGACGGUGUGUGGGGACGGGGUGUCGCGGUGUGUGCUGUGCGGAGAGCAGCUGGGCAGCCCUGGAGUCAGCUCUGUGGUUUGUGAGGACUGCAAAAAGAGCAUGUGUACCAAGUGUGGCACACAGUGUGGGAGUCGUCCACGCGCAGUGUGGCUGUGCAAGAUCUGCAGAGAGCAGCGAGAGGUGUGGAAGAGAUCUGGUGCCUGGUUCUUUAAAGGUUUCCCAAAACAUUUCCUGCCUUCGCCCAUGCCUUUAUCUAAACCCCGAGAGACGGGCGCCCAGGCGGCAGCGGAGCCUCCAGCGACGAAAGCUCCUGAGGCCAGAGAGCCACAGCCACGAGCUGCAGUCUCAGAUCAGAAUCAGGCUUCAGCUGCUGAACCGCCAGAGCCAGCUCCGGGGCCCCAGAGCCGUGCCGGUUACCCACCUGUGGCCCCAAAACCGUCAAUGGUGCGCAUGGCCUCCGGAGGGGCUGGACCUGAGGAGGCUGGCCAAGGGAGCCCAGUGGUGAUGAAGAAGAUGGUGCCUGUCCACAGCUCCAGACUGCCACCUACUGGCGGUUCACUGCCCCAACAAGGUCUGGCUGCUGGAGAUGGAGCUAGUUAUGCGUCUGCGGCCGAGCAGAGAGCGCCACCUGCUGACAGGAGGCAGACGGCCUACAGCGCCCCCGCUGCUCGACAGCAGCCUCCUGCUGCUGAGGAAGAUGACGACGCCAAUGACUACGACUCAGAUGAAGCCACCACUCUGGGCUCGCUGGAGUUCAGCCUGAUGUACGACCCGGACAGCAACAGCCUUCACUGUGGAAUCCUCAAAGCCAAGGGGUUGAAGCCCAUGGACUCCAAUGGACUGGCAGAUCCUUACGUGAAGCUCCAUCUGCUGCCGGGAGCCAGUAAAUCGACAAAGCUGCGCACCAAGACCCUGAGGAACACGCGCAACCCUGUGUGGAAUGAGUCUCUCACCUACCAUGGCCUGACAGAUGAGGACAUGCAGCGUAAAACCCUCAGGCUGUCAGUCUGUGAUGAGGACAAGUUCGGGCACAAUGAGUUUAUCGGGGAGACCAGAGUGGCGCUGAAGAAACUGAAGGUCAACACCAAGAAGAACUUCAACGUGUGCCUGGAGAGAGUCGUCGCAACCAAGAGAACUGCGACAGCAGGGGGAGCCAGAGGAAUCGCCCUUUACGAAGAUGAGACCGGGAAGGACGGCGCAGACGUGGAGGAGCGUGGCCGCAUCCUGAUCUCCCUCAUGUACAGCACUCAGCAGAACCGCCUGAUCGUGGGCGUGGUGCGCUGCGUUCACCUCGCUGCCAUGGACGCCAACGGCUACUCUGACCCAUAUGUUAAAAUAUGUCUGAAACCUGAUAUGGGAAAGAAAGGGAAGUGCAAAACACAGAUCAAGAAGCGAACUUUAAAUCCAGAGUUUAAUGAGGAAUUCAGCUACGACAUCAAACACAGCGAACUGGCCAAGAAGUCGUUAGACAUCUCCGUGUGGGAUUAUGAUAUUGGGAAAUCCAACGACUACAUCGGUGGGUGUCAACUUGGCAUCACCGCCAAGGGAGAGAAUCUCAAGCACUGGUAUGAGUGUUUGAAGAACAAGGAUAAGAAGAUCGAGCGCUGGCACACCUUGGUGAACGAGAAUCACGUGGCCAGCGACUAACCCCGAGUCUCUCUCACACACACACACACACGCACACACACAGCAUGAGCUCCCACGUCUCCACCCAGUUGAGUUCCUACUGAACUCGUGUUCAGUUUUUUCAUACGUCUAACCGUCACACAGACUGUGCCUCUUCUUACUCUUACUAACAUCCCUCUGCCUGUGCCAACACUGAUCAGCCUCCGAGGACAAACUGUGGCCAAAAAAAAAGAAGAAGAACGUCACUAUUGUAUCCAAGACAUCCGUGAAUGAACAACUGCACAAAGACCACCAUGCCUAACAUCAUCAGACCUGACUGUUGGCAAGUGAACACCAGGAAUGGAAAGCUAAAUCACAGGCUGAAACAUCUGUCAGCAAGUUGCGUCUGAUUGUAUCACACCCACGUGGAGACACUUGAUAAGAGCCCUGAGUGAGUGGGUUUUUCAUUCAUUUAUAAAGACUGAGAAGUGACUGUUUUACGUGGAAUUUGAGGGAUCUGCAUGAGAAUAUGAGUGAAGAUGUUAAGAACUGGAAGGUUGAGUCUUUGCUUUUUCUUCCCCCGAAUGAGCUGAUGCUGUAGCCAAUGAUCUUCCACCUGAUAGAGAGUGGAAUGCGCAUCACAAGUGAGGAACGAGCUCUUGCUUCUAGUGGAAAAGUCGCUGGUGGUGUUUUGGGUUGUGUUCCAAGCGCGGGGAGAAAGAAAGUGGCGGUGAUUUAUCUGUUAUCUUGAGGUGAAAAUAUGAAGAUAUUCUGAAGAGACUGCAUGGAAGAGGCCUUGCUCAACCAGAAAACAAAACAGUGUAGAUAGAGCAGGACUGUGUGAAUGGGUGGUGAUCUGAAGAGAUUUACACAUGCACAUGCGUCAUGUGGCCUACAGGGGGUGACAAACUCAAAGCAAGGGGCCAAAACACAAAGUCUAAAGUGUAUAUUUACUGAAAUUGAAGCACAAAUUUCUUUUUUCUUCCCAACCAAUUUUGUUUAAUGAUGUUUCUGUCUAAUGGCUGACAGCGGCGAUCUCGGCUCCGUAGUUUAUCUUGAACAUUCUCACAGUCAUUAUAUAUAAACAUGAGCUUCUGUCUCCAUUGACUUUCAUUUUUGUUUUUAUCAAUGACUGGCCAGGACUGAUUUGACCCCGGGGCCAACGGAUUGUCAGGACUCUUUUUACAACAUCAGUUCCAUUCCUGCCAAUAACAAUAACAACUCCAGAAGAAAAGCAGUGAAACAAGAUCAUACAGGCAUUUAAUAGUCCUUCUUCUCAGGAUCGCUCUCAUUCAGUUAUUUUCCCACGAUAUGACCAGCAUCAGUCACCUUUGUUGCCGUGUCACUUUCAUACUGCCCUGUCGUAACAAUGAGAGAAACGCGGACAAACAGUGGAAAUUAUAUUCAAUAACAAGAGAUGUUGUGCAUUCGAAUGACAUCUGCUUGUGGCCCAGCUGUGCUGUCAAAGUUUAGCCUUCAUUUUAAAAUGCUUAGUCACGGAAUCGCCCUAAUAAGAGCUCUAGCUGUUGCAGUGCGUUAUGGGACAAUAAUGGACAUAACGCCAGGAACCAACAGGCUUCAAGUUCAACAGGCCUAACAGUGGAUUUUCGGACCAGAGCUGCUGCUUUCCUCAGUUAAUGGAAUCUUGUGGGAGUGUCUCGCAGCCGUUUCUCAUUUAUUAAAUGUCUAGCUAGAGAGCAGAAGCCAGGUGGAGAGAUCAGAGCUCAGCUCUGGCUGUAGAAUGGAUGUAAGAAAACGCAAGUUGUGAAAAAUGGUGAGUCACUUUUCCGUGUUUUAUGACCUCAGUUAUCCCCUCCUCUUUGCAAGGCUUUAUAUUUAUCAAUGAACCCUUAGUAUGAGAUCCAACACGGUGUGACGCUUCACUUGCCAAGCCACAGGAGGACUUUCGCUGUCACCUUCGACCACCACCCUGAACAUGUUGUAUAUUUCCUCCAAGAAAUGUUUACAUACUUCUGCAUAGCUCAGGUUAGAUAGCCGUGACAGACGAUGCGACGCGUGAGCUUCUCCAUCAGUCGUUCGUGAGUGAAUACAAUAGCACAUCUGUUAAAGAAUUAUGAGCUUUAAGUUGGUGGGAAGUGAUGAAACUGGUGGGUGAAAUAGUUCCUCCUGCUGCCUCCACUGGCGACUCCUCAGUGCUUUUCUAUAGCAGUUUUUACACUGAUAAAAAAAAAGAGUUUUGUUUUUCCAUGUGCAGCUCUACUUGCAUGCACUGUGUCGUGCCUGAGGCAGGGUCGGCCUGCUUGAACCCCAAAACACGUGGCUUGCACAGAA